AUGAGCGCCCUGCUAGAAACCUCCUUGGGCGAUAUUGUCAUUGACUUAUUGGUCGAUGUAUCACCCAAGGCUUGUGAAAACUUCUUGAAGCUUUGCAAGAUCAAAUACUACAAUUUCUCCCCAGUCCACAGCGUCCAAAAAAACUUCACUUUCCAGACUGGUGACCCGUUGGGUCCAGAAGCCCCCGAGAGCGAUGGCGGGUCCUCGAUCUGGGGUGUUCUGGACGGUCCCUCGAACCGCAACUUUCCAAUCCAACUGCCGCCGAAGCUCAAGCACAUUGAGCGCGGCACCGUGAGCAUGGCAACCGUUUCAGCUAAAAACGAUCCGGACCAACGAAUCGCCGGCAGUCAGUUCUUGAUUACGCUAGCCGACAACCUAGACUUUCUUGAUGGGAAGGCAGUGAUCUUUGGAAAAGUUGUGGAGGGAUUUGACGUGCUGGAGAAAAUUAACAACGUCUUCGUGGAUGCUAAAGGGCGACCGUUGCAGGAUAUUCGUAUCCGUCAUACAGUAGUGCUUGAUGAUCCGUUCGAUGAUCCCCCAGGGCUGGUGGAGCCGCCAGAAAGUCCCGUGCCAUCCAAGGCUCAAUUGGCAACGGUGCGCAUUGCCGAUGAUGAAGAUCUGGACGAUAAUAUGGACGAGGAGGCACUUGAUAGGCUACGACGAGAGCGCGAAGCUCGCGCCCAAGCUUUGACUCUAGAAAUGGUAGGAGAUCUUCCUUUUGCAGAUGUCAAACCACCGGAGAAUGUUCUUUUCGUCUGCAAACUCAAUCCCGUCACGCAAGAUGAGGACCUACAGCUGAUCUUUAGCCGUUUCGGAACAAUUCUAUCUUGCGAAGUGAUUCGUGACAAACGCACUGGCGACAGUCUGCAGUACGCAUUCAUUGAAUUUGAGGAGCAGAAGUCAUGCGAACAAGCCUACUUCAAGAUGCAGGGAGUUCUCAUUGACGACCACCGAAUCCACGUUGAUUUCUCACAGAGUGUCUCCAAAUUAUCCGAUAGCUGGCGAAAUUCCACCGUCACCAAGCGCCGACAACAGGGUGGUUUCGGUGGUGCCUAUAACCUCGAAAAGAAAAGCCAUUACCGAGUCGGAGACACCGUGCGCGAGGAUGCAGAGGAACGCCGGUAUAAGAUGGUAUUUGACAAAUCUCGACAAUCUGGCGACUCUUCUCGUCCUCCGCAACGAGACACGCUCGAAGCCCUGGACGUAACGACCCACGAGGUAAUCGGGAUGGCAAGCCGGGUUACCGUGGCCGAAAUGACCGAAGUGACCGUCAUCGGCCCUAGUGUUUAA